AUGGUCUCUGAAAUGGAUACAUUUGCGGCCCGCCUAGCCAGCUUUGACAUUGUGCUAAAGCCAGAAAAACGCAGAUCUUCUGGCACAAAAACGCCCAAAGCGAUUACAUGGCCACACCAGCGACCUUCACCGGCUGAGUUGGCACACGCCGGAUUCUAUUACAAACCAUACGAAACAAAUCCAGACAACACAACUUGUUUCGAGUGCCACCGGGCGCUUGACGGCUGGGAGGAGGAUGAUAACCCCAUCACAGAGCAUCUCAAACAUGCGCCCGACUGCGGGUGGGCCAUUAUGAUGGACCUCCAACAAAGCAGUUCUAACCCCGCAUCGAUUGAAGACCCUACGGGCGAUCGGAUCACACAAGCGAGACUGGCAACAUUUGGUACAGCAUGGCCUCAUGACGGGAAAGAGGGCUGGGUUUGCCAGUCAGAUAAGAUGGUUGAAGGCGGAUGGUAUUUCUGCCCUACAGAUGAGAGCAAUGACCUAGCCAGCUGUGUCUAUUGCAAGUUGUCUUUGGAUGGCUGGGAGCCCAAGGACGAUCCAUUUGACGAACAUUAUCGUCGCUCUUCAGAUUGCUCAUUCUUUGUCUUCGCCCAACCUCCGGGAACGAAGGCCAAAUCCACUCGUGCUAAGAAGUCUCGUGUGUCCAAGGCUUCCUCCCGGCUUUCAACCCAAUCUGUUGGCCUAGUUUCAUCCGAAGCGCCCGAUAUGGAAAUGGAUGACUAUACGGACCAAAGCAUCAUUUCCCAAGCAACCACAAAAUCCAAAUCUACAAAGAAGGCAGCCAAGAGCAAAUCCAAGGGAUCUAAAGCCAGGAAGGAAGAAUCUGCGGAGAUGGAAAGCCAAGUUGAGGCCGACACUGAAGAAGUCACCCAGCCAGAGCCUAUCAAACCCAAACGUUCAGGCAGAGGGACAAAGAGGGACAGCGAGGAUAUAAAGGAUGAACCAAACUCAUUUGGCAUGCAGGAAAGAGAACUAUCGCAGCCGCCAGCAGAACCCCCAGCGAAGAGACGCGCUAAAAAAACACGGAGCAGCAGCAUUACUCGCAACUACAAUUAUGAACACAGUGACAUUGCAAUGGCGGAUGCAGAGCCAGUAAAUGAUGCUGCUUCGCUAGAAGAACACAAUAGAGGUCGGAAGCUCACAAAAAAGAGAGCGUCCAAGGCCUACAAGAUCUCCGAUGUCCCUUUUUCAUCAAAUUCUCAGUCAGACAGGCGAGCCCCUCGUGACUCGGAGAUCGAAGCGGAAAUUAAAGCAGGCCUCGAAGCAGAUAUCCCGCAACCUGUCGGAUCUGAACCUGAGAUCGAGGCUGAGCCAGCAGAGCAACGGGCAUCGAAAAAGAAAUCUACUAAAAAGUCCAAGGCUGCGCCUAAAAUCAUCCAACCGACCAUACAUGAUCAAGUGGAGGAUGCCAGUGAUCGCGAGGACUAUUCAGAUCCUCACGUCGAACCGGUUGAAGAUGAACCAGAGGCACCUGAGCCGCCAGCUCCAAAGUCUAAGCCGGCAAAAGGACCCAAGAAAAGGGGGACAAAGAAGACUAACACCGAAGAGACGAAUCAAGCACAAUUACCAGAACCUCGAGAUUUUUUUGGGUUCGGGGCUCCCGAUGUUCGAGAUGAUUCCGAGCGCCAUGACUCCGUUGUCUCCGUCGAGAUCGUCAGCAAGGAGCUGAAUCAUGUACCGGAGAGUGAAGAACAAAUUUCCAAGGCUGAAUUAAAAGAGAUUUCUCGGAAGAAAAAUGCCACAUCAACCAAAGAGAAAAAAUCUAAGAAAUCCGAGAAAAGCGCGGAGCAAGCUCCUGUUCCUGAACCCCCGGUCGAAGAAAUUCGUGCUGUGCCGUCGGAUGAGGAACAGGAUGAUGAAUUUGAGACUGCUGAUGAUUUGCCUGACCAGCUUGAGAUGGUCAACCCUCCCGAGGAGCCUUCUCCACAUCCACAAGAAAUGUCUCUCGAGCCACAAUCUCAUCGGAAGUCGCCCAGUCUACCGCCAAAGACCGUUAAACGGUAUAGCGAUAUUCCCCACGAAGAGCAUCUUGCAGAGACCCUAGUCCAAAGCCAGACCUCCCCUCACGAUAUGCAUGAGUCUCGGCGGAACUCAAAACGCUCUAACCGCUCCGCCUCACCACUUCCGCUAGCUUACGAAAGCACUCCCUCGCCAUCACCCCAGUCAUCAGAUGCCGAAAACAAGCCUCCCCCGUCGCGGCCCUCAGCAUCCCGUCCACCUGUUCAAUCAACAACGAACCACACUGAUCUCCGAGCGCCUCUGGCAGUUAGUACCCCAUCACCAUCCAAGCGCAACGCUAUUGGUGGAUUCAGACCAUCCGGCCAUCCAUGGACACCGGUGGAUAUUGAUGAAGUGCUGUUUGGAGAGGCUAGCGAUAAGGAAAACGCGGAUUUAUCUGAACUUUUCAAAGGCGUGAAAGCCAGCUUGACUAGCCCAGAGAGGAAGAUGACGGUUCAAGAAUGGAUCGCGUGGAACGCAAAGAAUGGCGAGGAACGACUGAAGAGAGAAUGCGAGCGACUUGUGGGCCGAUUUGAAAAGGAAGGUGGCCGAGCAAUGCAGCGACUCGCAGCUAUCGAGUGCAUCGACUGA